AUGAGUCGUUGCGAGCUACUGUUGCCGGCCCUGCUGCUGCUGGUGUCGGUACAGGUGAACUACAGUCUGCAGUACGACUCGGCCGAAUCCCGGUACUACCACCCGACGGGUUCGGGUGCAGAGUCCGCCGGAAAUCUGCGAUAUGACGCGCCGGAUGACUGCAAGUACCGGAUCCUGCCCGGGAACGAGGUUGAUCUAGCGUGCAACCUACGCACGGUGAACAGUGAAUUUGAUAACACGAACUUCAGUGUGAUCCCGGCCGAACACACGGCCGCCCUGUCCAUCCUCUGCAACGAGGGCAUCUUGGCCCGCAGCAAGCUGCUGCCAAACUCCUUCGUCCAUCUCGCCAGGCUGAAGGCGCUUUCGCUCGAGUUCUGCAAGGUGGCCAAGUUUUCGAACACGGUACUAGCUGGGCUGGGCGAGCUGCGUAACUUCACCCUGCGGACCCACAACAUCGCGUGGGCCGAACUGAAUCUGGAGAUCGAACCUGACGCGUUCGGGCAUACGCGCAACCUGGAGCAGCUUGAUCUGAGCACCAACAACAUCUGGUCGCUUCCCGAUCACUUGUUCUGCUCGCUCAGUGGACUGCGAUCGCUUAACAUCAGCUCGAACCGAUUGCAGGACGUUAACGAUCUAGGAUUCCGCGAGAAGGGCGUCCGGGAUGAGCUGGAAGCGGCUGAGGGGCACAAAUCGAAUGCUUCCGGCGGCUCGGUGGCUCCUCCGAUGAGCUGUGGUCUUGACUUAGAAGACCUCGACGUAUCGCGCAAUCACUUUGUGCUGCUUCCGGCGGCCGGUUUCGGUAUGCUGAAGCGGCUAAAAAUGCUCAAAAUCCACGACAAUGAAAUUUCGAUGGUAGGUGACAAGGCGCUGAGUGGGCUAAAGGAGCUGCAAAUCCUCGAUCUAAGCUCGAACAAGCUAGUCGCGUUGCCUACGGAUCUCUUCCGCGAUCCCGCCUUAUCCAUCCAGGAGAUCUACCUGCAGAACAACUCAAUCAGUGUGCUUUCCCCGGGACUGUUUUCCAAGCUGGAACAACUGCAAGCACUGGAUCUCUCCCAGAACCAGCUCACAUCGGCCUGGGUCAAUCGGGACACGUUUGCUGGCCUUAUUCGGCUCGUGCUGCUCAACCUGGCUAGCAACAAGAUAACGAAGCUCGAGUCCGAGAUCUUCUCCGACCUGUACACGCUGCAGAUUUUGAACCUUCGCCACAACCAGCUGGAAAUCAUCGCCGCGGAUACAUUUUCGCCGAUGAACAAUCUCCACACGUUGCUGCUAUCGCACAACAAGCUGAAGUACCUGGAUGCUUACUCGCUGAACGGUUUGUACGCUCUCUCGUUACUGUCUCUGGACAACAACGCGCUCACCGGCGUACAUCCGGAAGCGUUCCGUAACUGCAGUUCGCUGCAGGAUCUGAAUCUGAACGGAAACGAACUCACGCAGGUCCCGCUGGCUCUGAAGGACAUGCGCUUGCUGCGAACGGUCGACCUGGGCGAGAAUUCUAUUAGCGUUAUCGAAGAACCGGGCUUCCGAGGCAUGAACAAUCUGUACGGCUUGCGGCUGAUAAGCAAUAGCAUCGAAAACAUCACGCGAAAGGCCUUCAAGGAUUUGCCCAGCCUGCAGAUUUUGAACGUAGCGCGCAACAAAAUUACCUACAUCGAGAAGGGCGCCUUCGAACCCGCCGUUAGUGUACAGGCCAUCCGGCUUGACGGAAACCUGCUAACCGAUAUCGACGGGCUCUUCACCAGCAUGCCGAACUUGGUGUGGUUGAACAUUUCAGACAACAAACUGGACCACUUCGACUACUCGCAGAUUCCUCCGCAUCUGCAGUGGCUGGAUCUGCACCGGAACGAGCUGACGGAACUGACGAACCGCUACGGACUGGACAACCAGCUACACUUGCAAACGCUGGAUGCGAGUUUCAACCGGUUGACUCGCGUGCUGCCCGCCACGAUCCCGAAUAGCGUGGAGUUUCUGUUCCUCAACGACAACCUGAUCGUGCACGUGGAGCCCCACUGCUUCAUGCAUAAGACGAACCUCACGCGAGUGGACCUGUACGCGAAUCAGCUGACCAGCCUAGACAUCAAGGCGUUGCGGCUUCAACCGGUUCCGGAGGACAAGCAGAUCCCGGAGUUCUACAUCGGGGGCAAUCCGUUCGUGUGCGAUUGCAACAUCGAUUGGCUGCAGAAGAUCAACCACGUAACCUCGCGACAGUAUCCGUUCAUCAAUGACAUCGAAACCGUGUACUGUAAGCUGAUGUACAACCGAGAGCGCUCCUACAUACCACUCAUCGAAGCCGAUCCCAAGCACUUCCUGUGCAGCUACAACACGCACUGCUUCGCGCUUUGCCACUGUUGCGAGUUUGACGCGUGUGAUUGCGAGAUGACGUGCCCCAACAAUUGCGCCUGCUACCACGACAACAGCUGGUCGACGAAUAUUGUUGAGUGCUCGGCAGCGGGUUACACCGACAUUCCGAACAACAUCCCGAUGGAUACGACCGAGGUGUACAUCGACGGGAACAACCUGAUCGAGUUGUCUGGGCACAGCUUCAUCGGGCGCAAGAACCUACGCGUGCUGUACGCCAACCAUUCCAACAUCGAAGCCAUCUACAACACGACCUUCAUUGGGUUGCGUCGGUUGUCCGUCCUGCAUCUCGAGCACAACGCCAUCCGGAAGCUGUAUGGACACGAAUUUUCCGCCCUCGAGAGCCUGCACGAGCUGUACCUCCAGGGUAACAGGAUCGCGUACAUCGAGGAUCACACGUUCGCGGAGUUGCGCAAACUCGAGGUGCUCCGACUGGACGGGAACCGCAUCACCAGCUUCGAAGUGUGGCAACUUUCGGCUAACCCGUACCUGGUCGAGAUCGGUCUCGCGAACAACCAGUGGACGUGCGACUGUGGCUUCAUCAACAAGUUGCGGACGUACCUGCAGAACAACGCGGAUAAGAUCGUGGACGCGAACCAGAUCGCGUGUAGCUACAACAACGCCACGAGUAUCCUGCGCGACAACGGCACCAAGUGCACAUUCCGCGAGGGCAUGUCGUCGAUUGUGCACCGGCAGGAGAUCGAGGACAUGCUUCCACUGCUCCUGGUGGCCACCUGUGCGUUCGUCGGUUUCUUCGGGCUCAUCUUCGGUGUGUUCUGCUACCGGAAGGAGCUGAAGGUUUGGGUGCACUCGGGGCUGUGCUACAAAUCGGGCACGUUUGUGAACGAGUACGACAAGGACCGGCUGUACGACGCGUACAUCACGUACUCGCUGCAGGAUGAACACUUCGUGAGCCAGAUCCUGGCGUCCACGCUCGAGAACGACAUCGGCUUUCGGCUGUGCCUGCACUACCGGGACCUGAACGCGAACGCCUACCUAGCGGACACCAUCGUCGAGGCGGUCGAAAGCUCGAAACGUGCCAUCCUGGUGCUGUCGAAGAGCUUCCUGUACAACGAGUGGACUCGGUUCGAGUUCAAGGGUGCGAUCCACGAGGUGUUGAAGCGCCGCCGGAAGCUGGUCAUCAUCCUGUACGGUGACCUGCCCCAGCGGGAUCUCGACGCCGACAUGCGGUUGUACCUGCGCACCAACACCUGCAUCGAGUGGGACGACAAGAAGUUCUGGCAGAAGCUACGAAUCGCGCUGCCACACGUGAAGAAGAGCAACUGCCUGAACAAGCGAUCUGCGAUCAACAUCUACGCGACGGCCGGCAAUGACUACAACACUCCCGGUCGACCUGCGACGUUAGGCGCUCCCGUAGGCGCCAGCCGGCUGGAAACGGCCGGUCCGCAACACCACAGCUACGCCACGAUCGGUCCCAACUGUCCCAGAAACUGUGAUAACUACGAUACGGUUAGUAAUUGUAAAUACAACACCACCCAGCACCAGACCCACCACGAGCGACGUGCGAAUGCUGACAUCGGCGGCGGCGGCGGUGGCCGGAAGGGUCCGGACGGUGGAGCCCGGCAGCACGAGUACGCCGUACCCUCCAACUGCCUGCUGGACACAACCCACGAGACCUACAACACGACAGCGAGCUGCGAACGGAUCGCCGGUGAAACUUUCGAGUGCGCCUCGACCAGCUCGAAGUACUCGACGUCCUCGCGAGGAUCGGCCACCGAAUCGGGCAGUCACUCGAUUUCGUCGGCGCAUCAGCAUGACUUCCAAGGACACCACCGGGGUUCGCCCAACGGCUGCCCACCUAGCCUGCUGUCUACUACCAACUUCUCGUAUCAGCAGCAUCACCAUCCGCACAACAACCACCAUCACCAUCACCACAACGGAAGCGGCCGCAGCAAGCCAGGGGAUGGGGGAACGAGCGGCGGGGGAAAGGGUCCUAGCGAUAAGGGUGUAGUAGGUGCCUCUGGCACCGGUAUCGGGCCGGAUGGGCGAGGGGGUAGCAACAAUUUCAAUGAUAGAAGACUGCCACAGGCAAUGUGGGCAUAA